AUGAACAACAAUCGUUGGAGUUGUGUUUAUCUUUUGGUUAUUUUAUUUGCAAGAACGUCUGCAGUCUACAAGAGAUGGCUACCGGACACCAACUUUGAUAACCCGGAUAACUGGAAUUUGAAGAGAACUCCCUGCGGAAAUGACGUGGCCAUAAUUCCAGACGACAGCCCAAUCGUCUACGUGCAACUUAAUACCUCCAUUAAAGAACUUCACUUGCCCAAGAACGGUGAGCUGAUCUUGGGACGAAACAUGGCUCUGGGAUUCACAGAAACGGCAGUCGCCGGAUGUGAGGAAGCCAGUGGAGUUCACAGCCGUCAACCCCAAACCCUGGCUGAACCCCGACAACUGGUGUAUGGCGCCCACAGAACGGGGCGCACCUGCGAUCGUACUCAGUCUAUCCUGGACGUCCAGAAGGUUCCAUGUAGUUAUGAUGACGUCAUUUUCCCGCGCGACCACGCCUACUUCGUGGACCUAACGGAAGACACCCCGAUGUUGUCCGUGAAAACUUUGAAAAUAUCAGGGACCACAUUCACCACAUACUCGUUCACCAACUACUUGAACAGCGCCGAGGGGGAGAAGAUGUUUCGUUGGUCACCCUCGGGUAGCAGGGUGGAUCGCGUCAACAUUACCCGCACAAACUGUGAGGAUCCCAGAGGAUGUGCGUGCGGGAAUGACAGACCCCAGAUCGCCAAGGCUGUCUGCUCGCAUGUAGAGAAGUCAUGUUUUCGACCAAGGUGUUCUCAAACUGUACAGCCUGUGGGGGCUUGCUGUAAAAUGUGUGGAGCAGUGUUCAACAUCACUCGUGGCUACGGGUUUAACUUUAACUCUUUCGUGUCGUCCUUGAAGAGUAAAUUCCUGUCAGGUGGGGUGAGUAGACGAGUGACACAAGAUGGAGUCAACGUGACGUUUUCGCUGACAAGCGAGGGCUGGGUACAAGUUGCUCUUAAUGAUGUCACGGGAGAGAAGAGUUCUAGUUUAGCCAAAUUACUGCAGACUGAAUUUAACAACGACCUGGCAAGUGGAGGUCACACGUACGCCAUUGAUGCGGUUCGUCUUUCCUUUGCCACGGACACAUCAGAGCCGGCACACUCAGCACAGAGGGCGGAGCCGAUGACGUCAGGAUCUAUCGCUGGAAUUGUCGUGGGAGUCAUCGCUGUCAUCAUUGUUGUUAUCAUCGUUGUUGUCGUUUUCAUCUUCAGAAGAACCGGACGGGAGCUGCCUGUGAUCAAGAUGCCCAGUAUCCAUCUCCCAGCUAUGCCUACCAUGCCCAGCUUACCUCGAUGGGGACCCAGGUUGAGAGCCGGUCCAUCUCCUGGCCUUUCUCAACCACACACGGCACCCCACGUGGAUCCCGGCUUUGCCAAUCCUCUCUACGACACGUCACCUUUCGAUGACGGAAACUAUCACAUGAAGGAAAUGGAACUCAUUGGGACAUCUCUGGAGGAGCAGCCGACAUUUGAUGUCUCCGAGGGCGGGUUCCACAACCCUCUCUACGGAACCGCCGGGGUAAGUCCGUACAUGUUCAGCGACCCAUCAUCGGUUGAGGAACCCAGUGCUGAAGCUCCAAUAAAGAGAAAAAUCGGAGCUGCCACCUCAUCGCCACCGCCCGCAAAAACUACAAUCAGCAUUGAGCAUCCGAGUUCAGAAAAAGGCGACAGUACCAUUUAA